AGUUCUCUCCGACCAUCAGGUUACAUUGUAGCGAAACAUCUCGGGAGCCGGGGGGGGGAAGAACCGACAGCCAGCGGUCAGACAGUCGUCAUUGUGUCCGUAACACAAGUUCUACCAUGUCCGCGUAUGUGACUCUCUAUUGACGGCGUUUCCGUGAUGUCCGUUGUCGCGGCAGAGGCGUUUCCGUGGUGGCCGAACUGAAAACUUAAGGAGCAAACUUUGAGCGAGGAGCCUGAGACUUUCUCCAGACUUCCACCACCCCCCGGCCCUCCUCCCCCCUCCCACCCGUUAUCAUUCAAACUAAGUAACUCCGCAAUGGCACACACCGCUUCUGUUUCGACUUGGGCAUUUGUUUUUAGUUUUUACUUCGGCGUGUCGAAGUGUUACUUCGCUAUACCGCUCAAAAUGUACGCAGGAAGAUACAAUAUAUCGUCGGCCGUCGAUUUGACCCGACGCGUCCCGUUAACGUCUGAUGAAAACGGCCUGUCUCUGGCCUCUGAUCCGACCGGGACCGUGAACUUUCUGGACAUGGUCAACAACCUGCAAGGGGACUAUGGAAGAGGCUACUACAUAGAAAUGUUACUUGGUACUCCUGGUCAAAAGGUAAACAUCCUGGUGGAUACGGGAAGUAGUAACUUCGCCGUGGCUGCAGCUCCACACCAAUAUAUUACUCACUUCUUCGACACUGCGCUCUCCAGUACCUACCAGUCAUCUGGCCAGACUGUGGCUGUCAGGUACACUCAGGGCAACUGGGAAGGUGAACUGGGCACUGACCGUGUCUCCAUUCCCAAAGGCCCAAAUGGGACUAUCACCAUCAACAUAGCUGCCAUCCUGUCAUCUGAGGGCUUCUUCCUCCCUGGGGUCAACUGGCAGGGCAUCCUGGGACUGGCCUAUCCCAUGCUGGCAAGGCCUGACUCGUCUGUGGAGCCCUUCUUCAACUCUUUGGUGCAACAGCUGGGAAUUCCCGACAUCUUUUCCCUCCAGAUGUGUGGUGCUGGCACUUCAGCCAGCAGCACAGUGGACCCCCUUGUCGGCAGCCUUAUCAUGGGAGGGGCUGAACCAACUCUGUAUCGGGGGUCAGUGUGGUACACUCCUAUAGUAGAGGAAUGGUACUACCAAGUGGAGGUUUUGAAGCUGGAGGUCGGCAACCAGAAUCUGGAACUGGACUGCAGAGAGUAUAACAUGGAUAAAGCUAUAGUUGACAGUGGGACCACGCUGCUGCGUCUUCCUGUCAACGUCUUCAAUGCGGUGGUAGAAGCCAUCACGCGCAGCUCUCUGAUACAGACCUUUUCUUCUGGGUUCUGGGAUGGCAGCAAGCUUGCAUGCUGGAUGAAGGGAGAGACCCCCUGGAGGUUUUUUCCCAAGCUGUCCAUCUACCUAAGGGCCACAAACACCAGCCAGUCCUUCCGCAUAACCAUCCUGCCUCAGAUGUACAUUCAGCCAAUCACAGACGUGGACGGCACGUUGGAAUGCUUCCGUUUUGGAUUGUCUUCGUCGGCUACCGGCCUGGUGAUCGGCGCUACUGUGAUGGAAGGCUUCUACGUGGUGUUCGACCGAGCCCAGCGGAGACUGGGCUUUGCACUCAGCAGCUGUGCAGUGAGCGACGGAGAGGCUCUUUCAGAGAUCGCAGGGCCGUUCUCAGCAGCAGACGUGGCGGCCAACUGCUCCGGCGGGCCGCCGAAGGAGCCUCUGAUGUGGGUGAUCUCCUACGCCCUGAUGGCGGUCUGCGUGAUGGUCCUCAUCAUCCUGUUGCUCCUGCUGGUCCUGCCGUGCCGCAGAAACCGCGCCGGGGAGAUCACCGACGAGUCCUCUCUGGUCCGCCACCGCAUCAAGUGACUGAGGGGAGACGGGUGGGCGGACGGGGCGAACAGCCAGCAGAACCCAUCCACAGCGCCGCUGAGAGGGGUGACAGUGACACGCGCCUCCGAAUGUCUGACUGAUUCUAGUCUGCAAUCAACGGCCUGGCCCGUGGAGAUAGACACAGACAGAUCAACCACCUCUUGACAGGAGAAUCCACCCCAAAAACUCUUCCUCAAAACGUCUGGCGGUGACGAAUUUAUGGUUCCAAAUUCUUGUUUGACGGUGACUAUUGCUUAUUCUCCAUCAUGUCAUGUGUGACACAGGGACAUUCAGCUUGGUGGUAGAAGGAGAAGCGAUGCGAUUUCUCCACUGACUGUAGGAAGUCAGUAAUGUGAUGUCGCUACAGAGCAGUUUUUAGUAAUGGGUAUGAAUUACUUUUUCUCGACUAUUAGUAUUGCUCUACCCGAAACUACAGAUACAGACAGAGGGGUGAACCAAAGUAUAAAACACUUUCAUCUCCAGACGCACACUAAACGGCACACUGACGUAUGACAGUAUCACAAUAGCUAAGGGUGGAAUUCUCCUUAUUGACGAUAAGGACAGCAGGUGGGGAGGAGGCGCUCAACAACCAUCGGCGCAUUCUUUAACAAUAUAAACGCUACUGAUUUCCUUUCCAGGCAAACUGUAUUAUUCAUGUCUAGAUGGGACCUCUGAAGAUUUCCCUUUCCAGUCCAAUCCGUGAAGGAAUGUUUCUUGUGCCUUGUUCUAGUUUGACGUUUACCUCCAGUCCUCUACGAAGUGAAAUCGAUGCCUGUGUAUGUUGAAGUUCUGGGGAAAAGCUGCUCAAACAAUCACUGAUGAUAGGAAGAGGUUACGCGCGUUUACAGUGCCGGAGUGCCUUUUUAAGCUCAGCUCACUGCGAAUACAAAAACAAAAAAAA